AUAUUAAUAAGUAUUCUAGUAGCACCCAGAUAAGUUUGCCACCUUUUUUCCCUCUGCCACAUUAACAUUCGUGCAGCUGUCUUGUCAAUUCAUGGCCGCCUGAACAGAAGUUCCAUUUCUUCAGAUCAUUUCUAUGGCUGGACGAACAGUACUUAAACACGUCUUCAAGUCCCAUCCUUUUGUCGGCCCAUCUUACAUGUCCCUUCGAUCCGUGGCGUACAUGCCCCGACCCGGAGAUGGCACUCCCCGCCCAGUCACCCUUAUUCCCGGUGACGGUAUCGGUCCUCUCGUCACUGGUGCCGUCGAACAAGUCAUGGAAGCAAUGCACGCUCCCGUUUACUUCGAACGUUAUGAUGUACACGGCGACAUGAAGAUCGUGCCCAUUGAGGUGAUGGAUUCCAUCCGCAAAAACAAGGUCUGUAUUAAAGGAGGCUUGAAGACUCCUGUUGGCGGUGGUGUCAGUUCCAUUAACGUUCUGCUUCGGAAAGAGCUGGAUCUCUAUGCUUCCCUUGUACACUGCUUCAACUUGCAGGGCCUUCCCACUCGCCACGACAACGUUGAUAUUGUUGUUAUCAGGGAAAACACUGAGGGUGAAUAUUCUGGUCUUGAGCAUGAGGUUGUUCCGGGGGUUGUUGAGAGCCUCAAGGUGAUAACAAAAUUUUGCUCUGAGCGCAUUGCAAAAUAUGCCUUUGAAUAUGCAUACCUCAACAACCGCAAGAAAGUGACCGCUGUGCACAAAGCAAACAUCAUGAAACUCGCGGAUGGUUUAUUUCUGGAGUCUUGUCGUGAGGUUGCUAGCAAGUACCCUGGUAUCAAGUACAAUGAGAUUAUUGUUGAUAACUGCUGCAUGCAACUUGUAUCGAAGCCAGAGCAAUUUGACGUUAUGGUCACCCCUAAUCUCUAUGGCAAUCUGGUGGCAAAUACAGCAGCUGGUAUUGCUGGAGGCACGGGUGUAAUGCCAGGAGGUAAUGUCGGGGCAGAUCAUGCUGUUUUCGAGCAAGGUGCUUCGGCAGGAAAUGUGGGAAAUGAGAAGAUAAUGGAGCAAAAAAAGGCAAAUCCAGUUGCCUUGCUUCUUUCAUCCGCCAUGAUGUUGAGACAUUUGCAGUUCCCUUCAUUUGCAGAUAGACUAGAGACUGCAGUGAAGCGUGUAAUUGCAGAAGGUAAACACAGGACAAAAGAUGUUGGUGGAGAUAGCACCACCCAAGAAGUUGUGGAUGCUGUCAUAGCAAAUCUGGACUAAAUUUUGAGACUGAUCUCCUUUCUCGUGUUUUCAAGAUAAAGUGUUGUUUAUUCAUGCCAGAGGUUCUCUUACACCAUUCUUGUAUUGAUUUUGAUUGUUCAGCACUUGUGGUGUGGUUAGUUUCAGAGAUGCCAUAUUGGGUCGAUGUGAUUGGGCUUCCUUGAUGGAAAUAUCAGUAUAAGAAUCGGAAUUUCAUAGUUAUAGAAGCUGCUUACUAAAUAUUUCUUUAAUAGCUUGUUUCUACGCAGCAAGAGUUCUUGUUUCAAAAGGAAAAUAAUAAUUUGAGACAGCAACAGAUGAAGCAGAAGUUGUGCAGGCAGGGCUUUGAGGUAUCAUCUCCUUACAAACAGCUUGUGUAGUUUCACCAGAUGGAUCUUCGAAACGGUAUGCUAUAUUCUAGUUCAUAUUGGUAGACCAAAAGGAAUGUCUUCCUUUUAUUGUUGGUCAAUCUGAACAGGGUUCAUUUUCCUUAAGACAGUUCCAAUACAUUUCUAAUCAAAGAGCACAGGUACUUGAGA